UUUAAGCAGUCUGGGUUUCAGCAGCACGCAGCAUAUUUCAGCACCGUAACAGAGUUCAGCCUGCAGAGAAGUCAGACGCUGAGGUUUGAAUGUUCUGGGAGUAAAAUGGUCAUUCCGAUGUUUCUGGUGUUGCUGACUGCAGUAACAGUGCAGGGAGAGCUGUCAGCCUGUAACGUCUCUGAUGGGCUGCAGUUGUUUGGUGUUUUGGGGAAAUCAGUGUUGCUGUGUCUUCCAGUGCCAACAAAUACACAGGAGGUUCAAUUACAGAGAGACAGAGAACGUCUCUUAAAAUUUAAAAUACCUGAGAAUAAAACAACUGAUAGGAAUCAGAAUCACUUUGAGUUCUUCAUCAAUGGAACUGUUCGAAUCAGGAACAUCACUUACAAUGACUCUGGUGUCUACAAGUGGGAAACAUACAAUUCAGCUGGAACCUUUCUACUCAACAUAACGUUCACCCUGAAGAUCCAUGAACCGCUACCCAAACCCCACCUGGACAUCCUCUGUCAGUCUUUUGGAGAACGGAGAGUCCAGUGCACUCCUGCUGGACAGAAUUACAGAUGGACUCUGAACAGCACUGAGAUAAACAGCACUGUGGCCUAUAUGAGCGAUCCAGCUGACGUGAUCAUUCUGAAGGGUCACGUGAUCGGAAACCUCACCUGCACCGUUUAUGAUAAAGUGGACCGCGACUUCACCACCGCCCGGCUUCCUGUCUGCAAAUGGUGCAAUUAUUCAAAGCAAGUCUGUGCAGAUGGAGAAGAGAACCCUGGUCCCAACAGGAUUCUCGAUACCACGGUGCAGAAAGACCAGUUCUGUGUGAAUUACACAAUUUUCCUGCUGGCGUGUGGAGCUCUGGCUGUGUUAGUGACCCUCACUUUAGCGCUGUGCUGUCUCAGGAUCGCAUUGGACACCACAUCAGGGUCUUUACCUGAUGAUCAGCCUGUCUAUUCUGAAAUUGAGUUUAAAAGUAAAGAAGAGAAGAAAGAAUGGAGUGAAAUGCAGAGAAAGACAGCGAUGUAUGCAGAGGUCAGAAAGGGUUACAAUGACCAGCAGCCUGAAGGACAAAGAGACACCAGCAACCAGAACUUCAGCAUGUACAGCCACGAUUAGAUACCGAAACUGACAUGUACAGAAUAUAACCAGCGCCCCAGAUCUGAAAGCCUUUAAUGCAGAGCUGAGACAGAUAUUUACAGACUGUUAAAGCGUCCUUCUGCUAUCUUUGUCUGAAAAUGUUAAUGUUGCACUGGG